AUGCUCCAUCAACAGCUACUACUUGUGGUGGUGCUGGGCACAGUAAUAUCGAUGCAUGUUGCUGCGGUCACCUACGAAGUGCAUGCUUGGUAUUCGGGCUUAAGCUGCGAUGGAACACCGUACAACGUCUUCGUCAUGGAAUCCUUCACCUGCCAGGACGCUGAAUGCAUUGCCGAUCCGAGUACGAGUUCUACGAACCUCGGCGCGCUAAACACCAUCUGCACUACUGAUUACAUGAAGAAAAUUCAAGAGCUUUUUGGAAACUCCCCUUACAUUGUCAUGGAAGCAUUCCGUGAUUAUGACUGUAUAGCUUUCAACUAUGCCAUGGGAUAUUUUGCAUCCGGAAAUUGUGAAGGUUCACCUGGAUUCUCAGACUUUGCUAUAGCAACACUAGAAGACGACGGCUCGGCUUCCGUUUUCACCUACGACGCUGGCUUGUGCCCAGUUGACAGUUUGAACUCUUCGUUUUUUGCCGACAAAGAAGCCCUUGAAGGCCACUCAUGCGACUACGAUGGAAAUCGGUGGUACUCGAGCAACGACAAUAAAAUCACGACGCCCGCGCCAACACCUGCUCUUCGAGCGUCAACUUCGAAAGGACUUAGCACAGCUGCAGCCAUAGGAAUCACUAGUGGGGUGUUUAUUUUGGUUAUAGUCCUCGGUGUGUUCAUAUUCUGCUGGAGGAGACGUUCAUCUGAUACAAAAUCUAGACAGAGUCCCCUACAGCCAACUGAAAGUAUCGGAUCUAUUCAAACCCCACCGUUCAUUCCGGGUGCACCACACAGACACACGACCGGGCUAUGGGAUGACGAUGUCAUUAUAACUAAGAGAAUUCCGCGAGAUAAGGUGCGCAUCCAGACUCGAAUCAGCCAAGGCGCCUUUGGAGAGGUCUAUACCGGUAUGUUCAAUGGCCGACAAGUAGCUGUGAAGAUGCUGCUUCCGUCCAUGAGAGAAAAUCUUCAGCUGGUCAAUCAGUUCCUGGGUGAAGCCAAAAUGACGGCAGCAAUGGAUCAUCCCAACGUUGUCACGUUCAUUGGUGUCGCGUGGGACUCUCUAUCCGACGUGUGUGUUGUUCUUGAGUACAUGGACGGAGGAGACUUGCGCUUUCUCUUAAGCCAGUAUGAAGCAAAACACCAGCCAGUUGGCUUCAAUCGCCAGAAAGCAACGAUUGCUCUUCAAGUGUGCCAUGCACUCGCAUACCUUCACUCGCUCAUCCCUCCGGUGGUCCAUCGAGAUCUCAAGUCUCGCAACAUUUUGCUGUCACGAUCAAUGGAAGCAAAAUUGACGGACUUCGGUAUUUCCAAAGAGCGUCUCGAUACUACCCUGACGGCUGGUGUCGGUACAUCAUUGUGGAUGGCUCCCGAGGUGAUGCUGGGAGAAUACUACGAUGACAAAGCGGACAUUUUUUCAUUCGGUGUGGUGUUGUCGGAGCUGGAUGUGCAUACGCUUCCGUACACGAAUGCUAGAAAGGGAACCCGCGAUCCUUAUGGACGAGAAGUUACGGACACAGCGUUGAUGCAGCAGGUUGCUUCGGGAAAAGUGCAGGUGGAAUUCUCCAAGGUUGGGCCUCCUUCUAUUACACAGCUAGGCUAUGUUUGUGUAGCAAUCGAUCCGAGUUUGCGUCCGUCGGCGGCUGAAAUUCUCUAUCGUCUUCAAACCAUCCUUGCACAUGAGCUUUGA